GCUGAAGAAGAGCGCAAAUCCCGCUACAGCUCGCAACGCAGCCUGGUUUUCUCUGGGAUUUAUUAAAUCGCCGUUUCUUAUAAAAAGGAAGGAUUUAAUCACUGUCGGGCGAGGAUAUCAGCCGUGUGAGUUUGGCGGCCCACCCCACCUUUAUCCCUCUUCGUUCCCAUUUCCCUCCUGCUGCAGCCCCCUCGGCCGCAGUGAGAAGCAAGUGACAUGGACAGGUUUUAUGACCAGCAGGUCCCAUUUAUGGUGCCACUUAAUAAGUCUCACAUGGAGGAACCGUCUUGCAGACCUUUCAAUGACCGAAAGAAGUUGUUUGUUGACACUGAGCUGGCACAGGAUACAGAGGAGCUCUUUCAAGAUCUGAGCCAGCUACAAGAGAUUUGGAUUGCAGAAGCCCAGGUUCCUGAUGACGAACAGUUUGUUCCAGAUUUCCAGUCAGAUAACUUGAUGUUCCAUGGACCCCCUCAAAAUAAAGUGAAGAAGGAACUAAGCCCAAGCAGGGGAUUUUCCCCCUGUGGACAAGACCAGAGACUCUCUUCAUAUAGAGAGAAGUGCCUAUAUAACUACAGCAAGCCACUGACUUCUCCCUCGACACCGGCAUCACCCUUUGGCUCCACCACCAGCACAGUGACAAACCCUGCGCAAAAAAGAGCGAUGCCUUUCGCCCAAACUCCGACACAGGGACCACCACUAUUGCCUGGCCCCAACCACAGCACCACCCCUCCCCAUCAGAGAAUACAGACUCCAAUCCACAGUCAAAGCCCACCUUUUGUUGUGCCCUGCCCACCUGUCAAUCACCUAGAUGCCUCCUAUAGCACAGACCACAGGUUCCAUCGGCAGCUUUCUGAACCUUGUCUACCAUUCCCACAAUCCGAUGGCCGUCAUCAGGCUUCUUUACCCCCACAGACCUCUGGCCAUUUUCCCCAAAAUAGCCGUCCUCCUUACCACCGCCACAUGUCGGAGCCCUUGGUCCCCAUGCCUCCUCGGGGCUUCAAAAAGGAGAUGAUGGAUCCCCGUUACAAUGAUCAAAACAUGGGACCCCCUCAGGCCCCGCUGUUUCACCAGUUGUCAAUCAAACAGGAACCCAGAGACUUCGGCUUUGAUUCAGAAGUACAGAACUGCCAGUCAUCUUUUGGCAAAUCGGCAAACUUCUAUGGAGGCAACAGCGAGGUUUUUGCAUAUGAUGGAGAGCCCCACCUGUGUUACGAUGAUACGUGUGUGGUUCCAGAUAGGCUGGAGGGAAAGCUAAAGCAGGAGGGUGGGGUGUUCAGGGAGGGUCCUCCAUAUCAACGAAGGGGAUCUCUGCAACUCUGGCAGUUCCUGGUCACUCUGUUGGACGACCCAUCUAACAGCCACUUCAUUGCUUGGACCGGCCAUGGGCUUGAGUUUAAACUCAUUGAGCCAGAAGAGGUUGCUCGUCGUUGGGGUAUCCAGAAGAACAGGCCUGCCAUGAAUUAUGACAAGCUGAGUCGCUCCCUGCGUUACUACUAUGAGAAGGGCAUCAUGCAGAAGGUAAAGGUUGCUGGAGAGCGAUACGUGUAUAAGUUUGUGUGUGAUCCAGAUGCACUCUUCUCCAUGGCAUUCCCUGAUAACCAAAGGCCCAGUCUGAAGGCAGACCCCGAUGGCCUGCAGGUUCCUGAGGAUGACACUGUUCCGCUCUCUCACUUUGAUGAGACCAACAGUGUCCCUUAUCCAGUAGAUGGCAGAGAUCAGUGCUUAGUGGGGCCGUCCUUUCCUGAAAAUUAUGCUUUCUGAACUGCUUCACAAACACCCCCCCACCCACCCCCCCCACCCCCCCAAACUACCACAGAGUGGACCAGAAAAACUCUAAAAUGCAUACUCGCACUCCAAAAGCAGCUCAAUGUCAAAUUGUGAUCACUCUGAGGAAUCUGUAGCGCCUGCUGACAAGUCUCUAGACUUGCUUGCCACACUUUAUUCUGUUCUGUUUGUUUGACAAAACAGGUUCUGUGAUGAAUACAGUGUACAUGUCGGCUAUUUCAUUUUUUUUUUUUUUUAAUUAACUAAAAGGGACACAGCAGUAUUUUCAGUAUAACCUUUGAUUUUAUAUGUACAAAUCUGUAUAUUUUCUGUACUUUUUUCUUUAUGUAUUGGGUCUGGUGUCUUUUUUUGCCAAUGUAGAACUCUUCUGACAAUGCAUAAUGAUGCAAAGUUGAACUGUGUUGUCAUUAUGAAAGUACAUAUAGCUUUGAAUGCACAUUUUCUCCAGCUGGCCAAGAACAAUCCUUCUGAACUGUUAAGAAAUACUUAUAUUUUAGCUUCUACUUUUGUAAUGUGAUUUUUAUUGGGGUGGAGUGGGAUGGUUAAUAGGGAGACGGGAGCUUUAAAAAAAAUCUAUAUGUAUAUUAUGAGUAUAUUUUUGCAAAGGCUGCAUUGUAUACGCUGUACAACAGACUUUUAUCAUUCUAAUCCAUUCUAUUUGUACAGUGGUGUGUGUGAAAUUGCAACCAGCUCUUGAUAUAGGCAACCAUGAAGGCUGAAAAGUCCGAUUACAGAAUUGGAAUCAGUCAUACUUGCGCAAUCUUAAUGUUUACCGAAGGAUGACAGCAAGGAAAACUGAUCUCUGUUCAGUAGUAUACAAGCAUGCCAAGAAUACUGCUAGCCAUUUCCACCUCCACUGUCGACCUUAUUUGUCUACAUUGGGUUCAACAGACCUCUAGUUCUGUUUCACUGUGGAUAAAACUGUUGUCUCUGUCUUUUGAAGACAGUUUCUUUCCUUAAGAAUUUUCAAGUACAGUUUUGGUGUACAGUUACAGGUCUGUAUUUUCUAAUCUAUGAUAAGGUACAGGAUAAAUAAAACUUAAUGAACAGA